UUCCACGCAUAUGAUGCAUAUCCCAUAGGCCGGCCACAAUCGGCCCAUAGCUCUAAACCCUCGUUAAAACCCUCCUCUCUGAAUCGCUCAUCCCCAAUUCCCUAACUUCCAUUUCUACAUAUUCCCUUCCGAACCAAAAAACAACACACAGAAGAUGGCUUCUCACAAUAACAACUUCGACAGUUUACUCCUUCAAAGCCUGAUGGGCAGAUUGCAACUCCGAUCUCCCUACCUCCACACAAACUCUUAUCUCUCUCAAAGUUUAGAAGAUUUAUUGCUCGACAACAAUUCCUUCAAUGACGACGACGACGACGACGCCGAUGAAGGCAAGACCCCGCUCGCCAAAGAGGAAUCGAAGCUCGAAAAGGAAAUCAUCCGCAUCAUCCUCAGUGGCAAGACCGAAACCCUAAAGCCUAAUUCCGGACAAGCCGUCACGAUUGGCGACCACCACAUCUGCGUUGGUUUCCAUGAAGAGACGGGAUCGGACUAUCGUGUUUGGGAGUGGCACGGCCAUAUCAUGUUGUUCGAUGAGGAGAAUGGCUAUACGCCCGAGUAUAUAUACGGGAAUUACUUUGAAAGGGCGCCCUUGAAGCGGACUGCACACAGCAACAAGGAAGAGGAGAAGAAGGAUAAGGAUAACGAUGCUGAUAAGGAGGAGGACGAGGAGGGGGAGGAGGAGGAAAAAUCUGGGACUUUGGGGCUGAGGGAAUUGAUUGACGGUGGAGAUUCGGUCAGCGGUCGUAUUCUUCGUCGGAAUUUGAACACCGGAUCUCCGAGAAAUACCAUAAUGUGAUGGCUAUUAGUUCAACUGAUCUCCAUCAUACUCACCAUGCUGGAAUUCUGUUGGUUUUAGGUGGGGACACGGAUUCUGGAGGCUGGCAUGGGUUGGACAGCUAAGAAGCCUUGUUAUGCAUUCAUAUAUACCUUCAGUAUUUGAAGAUUUGUGAUUGAUUCGGUGAUUCAUAUGUGCUUUUUAGUUGUACCUCUCCGAUAUGGCUCCCGAGGUAGGAUUUUACCCACCAUCAUCUGAUAAGUAUAAACUUCAAAUAUGAAUUGUCGUUGCAAUUGCAGAACCACCUGUACUAUCUCUUAUUCAGGACAGAUGGAAGGAAAAGGAAAUGAAAAAAAAGGGGAAGAGAAUUUAAAAUAUUGUGCUUGGCAAUGGUAUCCCAAUAUGCCUUAUUAAUUUUUUGGUGAAUCUUCAAUUUAAAUGUAUAGUCCUUGUCUGAAAUUGUGCAAACUGGUUGGUAUAUGAUGGGGGUAGGAAUUUAGAUUUUCAGCCGUUUUCUCUUUUAAUAAAAUCGCAGGAUGAUUUAUUGGUUAAUGGUUAGUAACGGUGUGGGCGAGGUUCACUCCCCGGCUGUUAUGCAAUUAGUCGACUGUUUAUGCA